UUCCCCCCCUCCGGAUGACAGAGAGCGAAACAAACAUGGCGACGGAGUGGAAUGGACGCGGCUUCAUGAGAACUUUAAUGCUCUUUUGCUGCCUGGUGGCGGGCAGCCGAGCCCAGACGGGGGAGUCAAAGCCGCGGCCCCCGACGCGGAUACUCGGAAUGAGGCUGGAGAGGAGCGACACGCCGGCCGAGACGACCGAGCGGGGGAUCAUCCAGGUGACCGAGGGCAGCGACAUCCUGGUCAGGUUCUAUGGGCUCCACCUGUUCCCCAACAGCUCGGCGCUCGUCAGGUUCACGGAACUUUACUCCAGCGAGCAGGAGGACGACGACCACGGCGCCGUGGAGGUGCAGAACCUGACGUGUGCCGAGGACACCAAAGACCUGGUGGUGAAGGGCUCCAUGCGGGUGAGGAACGGGAACACCUCCGGGCUGCUGAACGUCACUGUCAAGCAGCUCCGCAAAAGUGAGGUGGUGAAGGUGUUCGGCCUGUGCGUGCGAGACCCACUCCAGGCCGCAGAUACCUGGUCCCUGCUGGACGAGCAGGACGGCCGAGUGCGGGUGGUGGAGGUGAAGAAGUCCCUGUUGCCCAUCUGGCUGCAGAUCAUCCUCAUCUCCUUCCUGCUGGUGCUGUCGGGCAUGUUCAGCGGGCUCAACCUGGGCCUGAUGGCGCUGGACCCCAUGGAGCUCCGCAUCGUGCAGAGCUGCGGCACCGAGAAGGAGAAGAGGUACGCCCGCAAGAUCGAGCCCAUCCGCCGGAAGGGCAACUACCUUCUGUGCUCGCUGUUGCUGGGCAACGUCCUGGUCAACACCACGCUCACCAUCCUCCUGGACGACCUCACCAAGUCGGGCUUCGGCGCCGUCAUCGCCUCCACCGUGGGCAUCGUCAUCUUCGGCGAGAUCGUGCCCCAGGCGCUGUGCUCCCGCCACGGCCUGGCGGUGGGCGCCAACACCAUCCUGGUCACCAAACUUUUCAUGCUCCUCACGUUCCCGCUUUCCUGGCCCAUCAGCAAGCUGCUGGACUGCGUCCUGGGCCAGGAGAUCGGCACCGUCUACAACCGGGAGAAGCUGGUGGAGAUGCUGCGGGUCACCGAGCCCUACAACGACCUGGUGAAGGAGGAGCUCAAUAUGAUCCAGGGCGCCCUGGAGCUGCGGACCAAAACAGUGGAGGACGUGAUGACGCCGAUCGGCAACUGCUUCAUGAUCCACAGCGACGCCGUGCUGGACUUCAACACCAUGUCGGAGAUCAUGGAGAGCGGCUACACCAGGAUCCCCGUGUACGAGGGCGAGCGCUCCAACAUCGUAGACGUCCUCUUCGUCAAGGACCUGGCCUUCGUGGACCCGGACGACAGCACCACGCUGAAGACCAUCACCAAGUUCUACAACCACCCGGUGCACUUUGUCUUCCACGACACCAAGCUGGACUCCAUGCUGGAGGAGUUCAAGAAAGGGAAGUCCCACUUGGCCAUCGUGCAGAAGGUGAACAACGAGGGCGACGGGGAUCCUUUCUACGAGGUGUUGGGCUUGGUCACGCUGGAGGACGUGAUCGAGGAGAUCAUCAAAUCAGAGAUUCUGGAUGAGUCAGACCAAUUCACUGACAAUCGUACGAGGAAGAAGGUGGCACCUAACAAGAACAAGAGGGACUUCUCGGCUUUCAAGCACGAGAGCGAGUCCAAGGUCAAGGUCUCUCCGCAGCUGCUGCUGGCCGCCCAUCGCUUCCUGGCUACAGAGGUGGCCUUCUUCAACCCGACACAGAUCUCAGAGAAGGUCCUGCUGCGAAUCCUUCGCCACCCUGACGUGAUCCAGGAGAUCAAGUUCAACGAGAGCGAAAAGUGCUCGCCGCAUCACUACGUCUACCAGAGGGGCAAGCACGUCGACUACUUCAUCCUCAUCCUGCAGGGUCGAGUGGAGGUGGAGGCCGGCAACGAGAACAUGAAGUUUGAGACGGGACCUUUCUCCUACUACGGCAUCAUGGCGCUCAGCGCUCCCUUGCUGGUGGCUCCACCUCAUCCUCGCCUCGUCUCCUUUAAGAGGUUUUCUCUGUUCUCUCGGUUGCCAGGUAAAACCGUUUCCUAUGACUCACUGAGGCCACCUGCUGGAAGACUCACGUUAAGCGAUUUCCGCUCGCCGUCCCACCUCAGCGGCCUGAACCGCACGUCCUCGCUGAGCGGCGCCGACCGCACCGACUCGCUGUCGGUCAGCGGCAGCAACAACCAGCUCAACUGCAGCGUCACCUUGACACAGCAGUACAUACCCGACUUCUACGUGCGCGCCCUCACCGACCUGCAGUACGUCAAGAUCACACGCUCGCAGUACCAGAACGGCCUGAUGGCGUCCCGCCUGGAAAGCACGCCGCAGUCUCCCGAGAGCGUCCACCAACUGGCUCGCGUGGCCUUGAACACGCCCGCCGCCACCUCCAACAACGCCCUCAACGACCUAGGGGUGGACGCCGCCAUCACGGAGAACGGGCCCGACGAGACCACGCUGCUGCUCCUCAACGAGCAGAACUUGGCCCACGCCGCCAACAACCACAGCCAGCAGGAGAACAGCCUGUGAGGCUCCGCCCCCCCGGCCAUGCCCCCACCAUCACCCCGCCCUGACCCGCGCACGUUUGCACGCAUGCACUAUUAUGAUUGGACGUUUGCCGGGGAGGGGAGGAGUCACAAACCCCGCCUUCAUUUAUCCUCGGUUCCCUUCUUGUGAUUGGACCACUAAGCUCCUCCCCCUCGCACGUCAUGCCGCCUCUUCCCUUUUCCCGGACGACGAGACUCAGGGAGACUCCGCCCCCUCAUCGCACAUCGUGUGUGUGGCCGAAAGCGUCGUGUUGUUUGCUUGCCCCGCCCACAAAAUGGAAGUCCCGCUUCGUCCGCACAGCUGAAGUCCAAUCGAAAUUGUCCAAUAUUCCGUAGAGAGUUUUAUUGUUGGUGACAAUCAGUGCGAUGAUGAAUGUAGCGUUGGUGUGUUCGUGCGUCACAGGAAGCAAAAUGUGUCCAGUUAGUUGGCUUUAAGAGAUCGCAAAUUUCAUUUAUUUGCUGCGAGCGUUACGGGGCCACACUGCGGCGAGCGAGCAGGAAGAGUUGUUAGUCGCUACCUUACAAGAACUAAUUUCCCGAGAGUAAAGUUGUAAAUAUUGCGAGGAAAAAGUCACCAUGUCAGGAGAAUAACGUAAAAAAAGAGGACUUUUAAGUAGUCGCAACAUUAGCAUCUCACUUUAAUGUGGUGAAAAUGACAAAUCUCCACGGAAUAUUUCACAUCUAUCGGAUUAUUGCUAUGAUGUUUUUAUCGUAGAAGCUACUUUGUCAUCAGAAAAAUAAUACUUUAUCCCCGCAACUCUUUUCUCAUAAAAUGAAUACUUUUCCCCUGACAUUAUUAGCAUCUCAUUGUCAUUUUUGCUUUUUCCUCAUUCAAUUACGACUUUUUCCUCGUGAAGUUACAACUUUACUUCUGUAAUAUUUCAACAUUAUAUUCAUUAGUACAUAAUAUGACAUUGAAAUAUUACUCCAGUAGUGGUGUCAAUUUUUGGGGGGGUAAAACAUUUAUAAAAAUGUUCGCAAUAGUUUGACACAAAAUGGCAACUUUUCAGUCGUAAAAUUACAAUUAUUUUGCCAUAGUUCAACUUAAAUCCUGUUAAUCGAAUACUUUUCUCCUUGGCAUCAUAUUCUCAUUUUUGCUUUUUCCUCGUUAAAUUGCGACUUUUUCCUCGUAAAGUUACAUCUUUUCUUCAAUAAAAUUUCAACAUAGUACUCAUUAGAACAUAAUACGACAUUGAAAUAUUACUCUAGUAGUGAUGUCAAUUUUUGGGGGGGUAAAAAAAUUUAGAAAACAUAUCGCAAUAGUACGACACAAAAUGGCAACUUUUCCAUCGUAAAAUUUCGAUUAUUUCGCCAUAGUUCAACUUGAAUCCCGUUAAACGCAUACUUUUCUCCUUACAAUAUUAGCAUCAUAUUCUCAUUUUUGAUUUUUCCUCGCUAAAUUACGACUUUUUCCUCGUGAAGUUACAACUUUUCUUCUUUAAUAUUUCAACAUGAUACUCAUCAGUAUGUGAUAAGACAUUGAAAUAUUACUCCAGUAAAUAUGUCAGUUCUAUUUUUGUAAAAAUUUUUGACACAUUUUCGCAAUAGUACGACACAAAAUGGAAUUAAUAUUCCACAUUAAUUAUUGUGACAUUUUUCUUAUUUUUUUUUUACUCUUCUUUUUUUUUGCACUCUUCUCAGUGUGGCCCUCGUAGUACUUUUGAAAAGCACCGUAUUUUUGUGCGAAAUGUGAUAUCAUUUCUUAUGCCUCACGGUGAGAUGUUUUUUGGGGGGGGGGGGGGGUUAUGGGGGGUUCGUCGUUGAAAUGUGAGACGAUGACACACACUCCAACUUUUUGGUUUGACUGUAACUUCUUAAAGGAACACAACAACAACAACGACGAGCAUUGUGCUUUCUUUGCUUGCAACUGUAAUUCCUACAAAUAAUAAUAAUAAUAAUAAUAAUAAUGAUAACGAUGAUAAUGGCUUCCCUUGGUGAGACACUGACAACAGAAGAAGGCUGCUGCUGCUCUCCUUUUUAUUUUUAUUUUUUUAAUUGGCAGGUAAAUUUAUGUCUAAUGAUCACAGGGCAUUGUGGGAUUUUUCCGGGUUGUAAACGUUGGCCUUUCCAGUUGACUGUGAAUUGUUUUUGUUUUUUUAAUGCAGCAUCACCUUUUUGUCGAAUGAAUGGUACAUUAAAAACUCAUUAAAUUGCAUUAGUGUGCAUAUUAACAUCCAGUACUGUGCAAAAGUCCAUGUAUUGUUUCAUUCUGCGACUUACACGUUUUUCGCCGCUUUCCCUUGGCAUAAAACGUAAUAUUUUGCACGUGUUGUUGAAUAUUAUCAAGAAAUAAAACACUUGUGUGGUACAUGGGCCAAAGAAAACGGCUGUAAACCUGUUUGUAAUAUUCUCAGCAAUACAAUGAAUCACCAUAAUGACUUCUUUGAAAACUUUUAAGUAACUCAGUUAGUCGUGCGGGUAUAGAAAAUAAAAUGAUAUUCUACGCCAGGGGUGUCCAAACUUUUUCCACUUAGGGCCACAGACUGAAAAAUCAAAGCAAGCGGGGGCCAUUUUGACGUUUUUUGGCGCUUUCCCUCGGCAUGAACUGUAAUAUUUUGCCGCUUUCCCUCGGCAUAAAAUGUUAUAUUUUGCACGUGUUGUUGAAUAUUAUCAAGAAAUAAAACACUUGUGUGGUACAUGGGCCAAAGAAAACGGCUGUAAACCUGUUUGUAAUAUUCUCAGCAAUACAAUAAAAUCACCAAAAUGCAGGGGUGUCUAAAGUGCGGCCCGGGGGCCACUUGGGGCCCGCAGGUCAUUCUUUAACGGCCCCACGGCACAUUUUGAAAAUACAAUUGAAAAAAAUAAAAAAACAUAAAAAGUGGUAUAAAAGCGCAAACAGGUGAAAUGUAACAAGAAAAUGUUGCAAUGCUUUGAUAACACAAAGCUGCCAUGCAGGCUUUUUCUUUCUUUAAAAAAUAAUAAUGAAUCAAAAUCAAUGUCAUUUUGAAUUAUUGACCUAUUCAAGGCUUCAAUUACGUCACGUUAAAUAUUCCACUUUGAGAUAUUUUUGGGGGAAAAUAUUGCAUAUUUUGUGUUUUGCAAUAUAAAAAAACUGAGCUGUUUUUUUUUUUUAAAGAAGGGCCUAAAACAAACAAACAAAAAACAUAAACAACAAUAAAACUUAAAAUUGAUGGAUAUAUCUGAAGCUGAUCUCGAGAUUAUUGUACUAAAAGUAAACAGUAAAAAAAAUGUAUUAUUUAUUUUUUAACACUUUAAUGAGUAGGACACUUUUGGAUCCCCAAUAAUUUUGGUGUCAUUUGUUUUUAAUGGUCAUUGCUCAAAAAAUAAUAAUGAAUCAAAAUCCAAAAUUAAGGCUCCAAUUAUUAUAUAAUCUCAAAUAUUCCACCUAAAAAAGUUAUUGGGUGAAAAUAUUGCAUAUUUUGUGUUUUUUCCUUCUUUUUUUCUAAUGUUGAUCUGGAUGUUUAAAACUUGAAUAAUAAUAAUAAAAAUAAUAAUACUGAAUAAUGACACAUUUUUUAUAUUUUUUGGGGACCAAACCCUUUGGGGUCCCCGGGAUCAUAACUGAGUGGAGGCCUAAAUGUAUAUUUUUUUAUACAUAUAUUGUAUUGGUUUUUAAAAUAAAAAUUAUGAAAAUGGGCCCCGCUUGAUUUGAUUUUUCAGUGGGCGGCCCUCAGUGGAAAAAGUUUGGACACCCCUGCCAUAAUUACUUCUUUGAAAGCUUUUAAGUAACUCAGUUAGUCAUGUGGGUAUAGAAAAUAAAUGAUAGUCUACGCGUAUGCAGUACUAACAUUAUUGUGGGCACGUAUUGCUAAAAUAGCUACUUAAAAUAGGAGGCGGAAGGAAAACUAGAUCCUCCCAAUACAAUGUCAAUAAGCCUUUUUUUAAUAUUAAUUUAGAAGUAUCCACUCAAUAAAAAUAACAUUAGAUCAAUCCCAGCAAAAUGUCGAUACUGGAACUCGAGAAUCUACAUUUUUUGGCAUCGACGUAAGCAUAUCUACGCCCUGGUCUUGAACAGGGAGUAAUUAGCCUGCUCGCUAACAAAGAAGUCAACAACAUCCACUGGUGACUUUUGCUCAGUAUUUUUUUGUGUGUCAAUACUGCGGGAGUAUUUUGCCAAAGAGUCGUUUUAUUUUGGAUAUUUUUGUACGUCAGGCGUCACGCUGCCUUUAAGGGAACACUAAAAGUACCUUGCAGUACUUUUACGAAGAGAGCCUCUUGUUGUGUUUAAAAGCACUUUAUUAGCAACCUCGUCGACUACCACAUCCUAAAAAAAAAAGCCACAAAUAUGCCAAAGUUUUUAUGUCGCAAUAAUGGAAAAAAAGUACUCUCCAGGAUUUUAUCACAAUUUCAAAAUGAAACUGCUUUUUUUCCCCCAAGCAAUUAUUCACCAUUGUGUUGCCUUCACUGUCCCUUUGUCAUUUUGACACUUUCUUACCUGCUUUCAAUGAAAUCAAACUGUUGUUUUUUUUUGUUCCGGGUGCCUGAAUGUUUUUGUACCUCAAAAAACAACACUGUCGAUGAUGAUUGUCUGAUGCCGAAUACCUUCUAUUUUUUUUUCUUGUUUUAGUUUUCGUGGUCGCUAAAGUUGUUUCCACACUGAUCGGGAACAGCGGGAAUGCCGAACGGAAAAAAAAAACUUCACCAAAAAAAAAAAAAAACACACAAAACUGUCCUUCAUUCCCGACGGUGCGCUUUAUUAAGAAAUCCCCAAAUGAAAGGUGUAAAUAGUGUUUUAUAAUUUCCUGUCUUAAUGAGUUUUUAUGAUGAUGAUGAUGAUGAUGGAUGUUAUUAUUAAUAAACCUGAGAUCUAUUUCUCUAUGAUGA